AUGCCUGAUCAGCAAGCCAAGCUGAUUACAGCCCAUACCACAGUGAGAUCAGUCUGUCUACAUUGUGUUGAAUAUGCUAAUUCAACUCCUUUAAAAGAUGAAGUGGAGAUGCCUGCAGCAACCUCUAGCCCAUCAUCAGCAACUGACUCUAAAGAAUUGCAACUGAAAAGAUUAGAUCUUGAACAUCAAAAGAUUGAUUUAGAACUUCAAAAAGAGAGGAGCAAAGAAUUACAGCUUCAACUUCAAUUGAAGAGGCUCUGCACUCAGAAUGACAAGGCUAUGAUGCCUGCAAAUCUGCUGCAUGUGAAUAUGAAGGCCAAGCUAAUUGAUGCUCAAUGCUGGGUUAUAUUAGAGGACAAGUAA